UUAUUCGGCGCUAUGCUCUACCACGGGGCGAGCCUUUCGACUCAGUUUUAACGCGCACGUUUUAUGAAACGACAACUAUGCGUGGAUGUUCGCUCGCAGCCGAUAAUUAUUCAUAUCGCGACCGCUCCUAGCGACGAAAAUAGCACCGCUGUAAACAAAUUCGCGAUUCUUAUUGCCGGCAAUAAUCGGUUUUUAUUUAAUAUAAUUUUUUUUUUCGCUCGCAUGUCGCCCGCCGGUGUCUCCGCGGAUCUUAAUGGUAGUUAAUCAUAGUUUAUUUUUAUCGCGUAACGUGUGCUAAUAAUUGUGUUGACUGUUGGGGCCUCGGCGUGUUUCUUUUAUUUUAUUUUCUGUUAUUUGAUUGAAUCGAGCAUUGCGGAAGUCGAUUCGCGAAUAAUUUGUCAAUGUAAUUAAGAUUAUUUCGCUGUAGCGAUACAGCCGUGAGCGGCGUUCGCUAACGUGUUCGCUAACGUGUUCAAAACUUGGAAAUUUCGAACUGUUUUGGCGGGAACGGUCGGGGGAGGUGCCAACUGAAGAGUACAGGACCGAAAGUUUUGAAAAGUGUUCGGCAUCGGAUGCGGCGAGUGUUUUUUCAACGCGUUUUCGAGGCUAAGCGCUAGUUGUUUGAACAAGUGUGUUUUCUAAUGGAUUUAUUUUGAGAUUGUAUUCAAAACACAAGGAGUCGUAUCGCCUCAGUCAUAUAUCGAGGCUUCAAGAGCAUUGUCGAGGUGUGCCGCAGGGAGGUGUGUGGGUUCACGGAUUGUACAGUAUUUAUGUAAAGAAUAGAAGUGAAGUGGUAUCAAAAACUGUUCUUAUCUGUGAUACCUGGAUGUGUCUCCAACGGGACGAAGACAAUGGUGACCUCAUAGAUGAAGCGAGUCCAAUGGUGCAACUACCAAUACUGGGUCCGGAGUCGGCACUGAACACAACCCCGGGUGGGGCCGCCAAGCCGCCGCCACUCAACUCUUUCGAGCUGGACCGCUGUUUGGACAGAGAGGAGUCCGGCAGGUGGGGCGGCGAGGCGGCGCGGCGUCGCAGGCGCAGCUCACCGCCGCGACGCUCCCCGCCGCCGACGAAUGAGCCCAUCUCGCUUACACGGGCGUCAGCACCAACAUCACCAACCGGUGGAUCAGCACAGUCCAGCCCAGCGCCCGUAUCACCAGCUGGCAGCAGUAGCGCUCCUCCCCGAUCACCUCUACCCCUCGUAGCCCCAGACCUCCUGGCCAUGCAGCUGCUCGACCAGCACUCCCAGCUGCAGGCGCUGAUGAAGCAACGACUGUUCCAUCAGCAUCAUAUGCAGAAACAGCAUAUGUCAUCGGAAGCUGCGAAGCGACAGUUGGAGCAGUCCCGACUACAAGAACAGAUCAACCUGAACCUGCUCUCGCAGUCCCACCUACAGCCUCCCGACACUUCGCCUAGUAAGUUAAAUGGCUCUCUGCAGCAGCAGCUCGGCGCGCAGCAACAGCAACUGGUGCAGCAACUGCAGGCGGUGCAGCGACAGUACUUGAUGCACGCGCCCAUAUCCGUGCCGCCCAAUGCUCCUACAGGGUUAAUGCUGUGGGGUGGAGAGAUAGAAGAGCAUCCGUUAUUUGGAAGAGGAGUGUGCAAGUGGCCCGGCUGCGAUGCUCUGGCGGAUGACUUCCAGGCUUUCCUCAAGCAUUUAGAAGGUGCGCACACACUCGACGACCGGUCGGCUGCGCAGGCGCGUGUCCAGAUGCAAGUGGUCGCGCAACUAGAGUUGCAACUGCGACGCGAGCGCGACCGUCUCGCAGCCAUGAUGCGACAUCUACACGCCGCUAGGGACAACCACCACGCUAAACUGCCACAUGGAGCUCCAAGUGAAGGCGCUUCCCCUGGACCAGUGAGGCGACGCGUCUCUGAUAAAUCUGGCGUCGCGAUUGCUGGAGAAAUUCAACGCAAUCGUGAAUUUUACAAGACGGCAGAUGUGCGACCUCCAUUUACAUACGCAUCGCUCAUAAGACAGGCCAUAAUUGAAUCUCCAGACAAACAACUGACACUGAACGAGAUCUACAACUGGUUUCAGUCUACUUUCUGCUACUUCCGACGUAACGCUGCCACUUGGAAGAACGCGGUACGUCACAACCUGUCGCUGCACAAGUGCUUCAUGCGCGUGGAGAACGUGAAGGGUGCGGUUUGGACCGUGGAUGAAGUGGAGUUCUACAAGCGCCGGCCGCAGCGCGCUGCGCACGCGCCGCCGCCGCAGAUGCACGCCGGGUUCAUGGGUGCUCAGAGUCCACCAAUGAUGACAAGCCCCCACGGUUAUUCCGAAGCUCUAAAACGUAAUCUUCAGGGUAUGAUGGAAGACUGUAAUCUAUCCUACAUGACCGGAGAUGACCAUAUGAUGCAAAGUGAUGAUUAUCCAUCAGCACAUGAUGAUUAUAGUCGGCCGCCAAUGAUGAAUGGAUACGGCAGCAGCAGUUCCUCUCACGACGUGAAGGCAGAAGACUUGAGUGGAAACGAUGCGCAAGACAUCAAACCAAAUCUGUAUGCUCUGAAAAAUGAGAUGCAAGCUUCAGAUUAUUCUAAUAAAGAUUAUCAAAAUUCCACUAAAGAAUCAUCAAGCAAUCGCUCCAGCGAAACUAGUCAGUACGACGACUAUCCGCGUUCAGAAGAUAGAUACCGUGCUUCCAUAUCCCACAUCAAAGAUGAAGCCGAAAACUUAUCGCUCAACGAACAGAGAUCUGAAAAAUAAACUUCCAAAAAUACAAAAGACUACAAAAAAGUCGAUAACAUGGCUAAUGACAAAUCUCAACAAAAUAUAGAGGUUUAACAAGAGGCUGAAUAAGUGUUGGUGUAAAAUUAUUUAUACAAUCAAAAGUACCUAAUGUAACUGAUUGUGUAUAAAAAUAUAAUCAACGAAUUAUAUUAAUUUAUCUACGAUUGAUGUAAGAAUUGAAUGCGUCAGGAUCGUUUGAUAGAAAUUAUGGACUUUACAGAAGUGAAAUUAUGAACUGAAUUUAUAGCAAUAUGAAGUGAUUUUGUGGUUAAUAUUCUAUGGACGUUUUUCGCGUAUUCUCUAGCGUAGUGUAGCGAUACUAUCACAGUAUGUAAUACGAUUUAUAUUUACGGGUUUAGAUCUAUUUCAAGCUAGAGAACGGUGUUUUAAUGUGUUCACUGUUGGAUUUUUAUAAUUAAAGUAUAAAUGGAUCGAUUUAGGAGUAACCAAAUAUUUUUCAGUUUUAUUUUUAUUGUUUUGCCCGGUUUUAACGGGACAUUUGAAGUAUUAUAGGUUUAAAGUUCUAUUUUUUAAAUAUUAUUUUUUAAUUUCCUGUUUUUAAGGUAAUUAACAUAGGUAAAGUUAAAUAUUUCGAAUUGUUAGAAGUUAUUUUAGUGUAAGUGUUAGAUUAAAAGUUGGAUAAAAAUAAUCGGACAGUCAACGAUAGACAACCUUAAAGGUCCAUAUCAAUAUUUAAAAUUAUAUAAUCAUUAUUUGUAAUACACAAAUAAGAACAAUAAGUAGUGUUAUUGGUCUGUCGUAGAAUAAUAUGGUACAUAAGUUCUAAUCACGCAUAGCGUUUUGGUUCGAAAUCCAUUCCUUGUUAGUUAUUUCAUGUUUUCGAUUAAGUGUUGUUAUGAUAUUUUAUUUACCUACCAACAUUUUUGAAAUCUACUUAAAAUCUCACAAGGAUACAAAAUUUACGAAGAUCUCAAGAUUUUUUUUUAAACAACCAGAGUUGCUUUUAAUAAUUAAGUACUAAAGUAUACGGAAUUGAUUUAUGUAUGAUCUGAUUAGUUAUUUUUUAAAGUUAUUUUUGUAAAUGAUUUCACAUAGUGUGCCAUAGGUUAUUAUCGAUGGUACUUUUUGCUUUAUUGUGAUUGAAUGGAAUUGUUUUAGGCUGUACAUAUUUAUCUCGAUUGUCAAAUGUAAAUUGUUUAAGAAAAUAAAAUUCUAGGCUUAUGUAAACGUUCACGUACCUAUAAUAUAAAUAAUGCAUAUAUUAAAUCGUUCAUGUUGUAGGAAAUUUAGAUGAAAAAUUAGUAGUAAAAUUUUCACUGUAAUUGAUAACCGAUUCUGAGAAUUGUUUUUUUAUAAAAUUAUGGAUAUGUUCCGAAGUUUUAGUGUUUCAUAAUAUUCUUGUAAGCAUUUAUUAAAAUAAUCGUCAAUAGAAUUUGAUCGUGUAAUUCCGAAUAAUUAUUAAAUAAUAAAUAAAGGGUGGAAAUAAUCAUAUCACAAUUAUUAUGUAUUUUUAGAAAAUAAAUAGUUCUGUAACUUUGAUGGAUAUCAGGAUAUAUUCAAAGCAUUUAAAAUAUUUGUAGGAAUAAUAUGUUGCACUUCACUUUCCAGUAAGACAGUUCCAAUAUUUUUUAAGAAUAGUGGAUGAACGUACAAUUGUAGGUAUUUACAAAACAUAAUAUUUUUAUUUUCUAUGAAAUAUAAACAUAUUUUUUUUUCAUAUAUUUAUAAGUGAGACAAAACAAAGUUUACAUUGUACCACAUGCUUUUAUUUGAAAAACUGAUAUUUUCUUAUGCCUCUGUAAUACCGACUUGUACUUAAAUUUUGCGAGAAAAAAAAAUAACUUUUCAUUUGUACAGAAAUUUAUUCUAUUAAAAUUGAAUUUGGUUUAAACACGAACUAGUCUGAGUUUUCAUUAUUAUUAUUAAGCUUAUUGUUACUCUUUAAAUUAUAACUCUAUCAGAAAAGCGUAGUUAAUUUUAGGCAAAGGCGUGCCUAAAAUUAACGAUUAAGCGUUCCGGUAAGACGCUGUGUAGAAACCGAUAAAGGUGUAAUAAUAACCGCCACACUCCUUCCAAGUUAGCCUGCCACCAUCUUAGACUGCAUCAUCACUUACCAACAGGUGAAAUCACAGUCAAAGGCUAACUUGUAAUGGAAUAAAGAAACAAAUAGUAAAAUACAAAUCUGACAAGAAAACAAGACGUUUAGUUAUUUGCUCUUUAAAUUAUUUUCGUUUUAAAAAGUUAAGAAAGGAGAACAAUAAGCUGUAAUAGCGUGCAUUGAUUAUGCUCUGUCCAUUAUACUAUUUUAUUGAUGAUAAAUUAAUUAUUAUUUUGUGUCGUUCAAUUCUGACAGAUUUUAUCGAUAUAAAUCUCGAAUUUUAUCGAAUAUUGUGUAUAAUAUCAAAUAAUAAAUAAGAACAUGGUUCUAGAAUUCAAUAGAAUUUAUAAUCCUAGAAUCAGUCUUACAGCAAAGCUAAUCCCAAACGUCAAAGAAGAAGUAUAUUGGACAGAGUAUCAAAAGCAUUUAAAAAUUUCAAAAAUACAAUUGUAUGUAUCAAUUCAAGAAGUUGUAUUACAUCCAUUUUGGCGCCCAAUUUGGGGUACUCACACUGACAUUAUUUAUUGAUGAUCAUUGUAAAUUAUACUUAAUUAGUGUUGUAUUAAACCAAAUCAUUACAAAUA